AAUGCGUUGACUACAUUUUUGCUCUCUCCUUCCAACAAACACCAUUAUGUAAAGUUAGAACUAUUUGGUGACGUUUCUUGUUAGGAAUACUGAACUGAAAAAAUAAGGUAACCUUUGAAGUUAAUAUCCAGAAACGGUGGUUGGAAGGAACAGCCUGGCGAUCUUAUAGCGUUUUCAGAGCACAUCUAGUUAGUACGGUGGCACUCAUGAGUAGCUAAUCGUUCAAUUAUCAAGUGAUACGUGAAGCAACCCGGUGAUCUGAAGAUUCUGAAGUCUGAAACUCUUAUGUUGGUUUAUGUUUUCAUUUUCAGUUUGGUCUGAACUCUUCAACGUUCAUUUUUUUUUUCUUUUGUUUUUUUGUUUGUAACUCGCAACGUUUCACACAGCUUAAGAAAUGGCUGCUCUCCUGGUCUUAGAUAUGAGACCCUCGUUAUUUCAUCCAUCACCAUUAAAAUGUCAUCAAGAUCCAGUCUCACGUCAUAAACUGAAAACUCUCCCUUUUCAAAAUCCUAAUCACUCUAACCUCUCCAAGAGUAGUACUCAUUUCUCAAUUAGCAAACCCUUCCUCUCUCUAGUUGAUGAACCGGUUGAUUCAUUCAAGUAUGCUUCAAUUCUCGAAUCCUGUAAAAACAUUAAUUUGGGUAAACAAGUCCAUGCUCACAUUUUCAAAACUGGGUUUUCAGGAAAUGAAUUUUUAGAGACCAAGUUAUUGCAAAUGUACGGCAAGUGUGGAAAUAUUGGGAAUUCAACCUUACUAUUCGACAAAAUGUCUCAAAGAAAUGUAUAUUCUUGGUCUGGAAUAAUUACUGCAUACACUGAUCAUGGGUAUUAUGAAGAGGCUAUUGCAUUGUUUCAAGAUUUACAGUUUGAAGAGAUUCAGUUGGAAUUUUUUGUGUUUCCUGUUGUUUUAAAAGCUUGUAGUGGUUUAAGUGAACUAGGAUUAGGAAAACAGCUACAUGGAUUAGUUAUUAAAAAUCAGAUUUUUUCAAAUAUUUAUGUCGGGAAUUCCUUGAUUGACAUGUAUGGAAAAUGCGGGAGUUUGGGUGAUGCUAAGAAAUUAUUGCUUAAAAUGCCUGAGAGGGAUUGUGUUUCUUGGAAUUCCGUUAUAACAGGUUAUGUUGCUAACGGGCUGGUGUUUGAGGCGUUAGAGGUUUUAGAAAACAUGGGAUCAUUGGGGAAUUUGUAUCCUAACAUUGUUUCUUGGAGUGCAGUGAUCGGUGGAUUUGCCCAAAAUGGGUAUGAUAAUGAUGCUCUUGAGUUGCUUUACAGAAUGCAGGAGGAAGGGUUGAAGCCAAAUGCUCAAACCCUAGUAAGUGUUCUUCCUGCUUCUGCCAGAUUACAAAUCCUUAACCUUGGAAAAGAAAUUCAUGGAUAUACUAUUAGGCAUGGAUUUAUACUAAACCCGUUUGUCGUUAAUGGAUUGGUCGAUGUGUAUCGCCGAUGUUGUGAUAUGAGAAGUGCGGAGAAGAUUUUUUCUAAGUUUUCAGUGAGAAAUCGGGUUUCUUUUAACACUAUGAUUGUUGGGUACUUUGCGAACGGUGAGAUCAGCAAGGCAAAGAAGCUUUUUGGUCAAAUGGAGGUUGCUGGAAUCAAGAAAGAUAUAAUUUCAUGGAACUCGAUGAUUUCAGGGUAUGUAGACAAUGGAUGUUUGAAUGAUGCUCUGGAAUUAUUCGCAGAUUUGCAACUCGAAGAAGGGAUUCAAGCUGAUUCUUUUACAUUAGGAAGUGCCCUAACUGCUUGCGCAGACUUACCUGCCCUAAGACAAGGUCAGGAGAUACACUCAUAUGCAAUUCGUAGAGGACUGCAUGCUAAUCCUUUUGUUGGUGGUGCACUGGUUGAGAUGUAUUGUAAGUGCAAAGAUAUAGCAGCAGCAAAGUUGGUUUUUGAUGAAGUAAAUGAAAGGGAUGUGACCACGUGGAAUGCCUUGAUAUCUGGCUGUUCACGUCUUAGUCGAAAAGAAAAAGUUGACGAGCUCAUUCUGAAGAUGAAAACUGAAGGUUUAGAACCCAAUAUUUACACGUGGAAUGGAAUUCUGGCAGGUUACAUGGAAAAUGGGGAAAAUGAAUUAGUUCUGCAAACUUGCUGCGAAAUUCAAAAUUCCAAUUUGAAGCUUGAUAAAUAUACAUUAGGUAUAGUCUUACCUGUCUGCACAAGGCUGGGUACAAUUGAGCAGGGAAAGCAGAUUCAUGGGUAUUCAAUCAAAUGGGGGCAUGAUACAGAUGUCCAUAUUGGUGCAUCGUUGGUAGAUUUGUAUGCAAAAUGUGGAUACAUUAGAAUCGCUGAGCUUGCCUUCAACAGAAUAUCAAAACAUAAUAUGGUUUCGCGUAAUGCGUUGCUUGCUGGAUAUGCAUUGCACGGACAGGGAGAAGAAGGAAUUGUUUUCUUCCGGAAAAUGCUCGCAGAAGGGAUCAAACCAGAUUCAGUAACCUUCCUUUCCGCUCUAGCUUCAUGUGUUCAUGCUGGAUCUGUUGACCUAGGUUGCAAGUACUUUGAUUUGAUGAGAGAUUAUCAUAUAAAACCAACAGAAAAACACUAUACCUGUAUGGUUGGUCUCCUUGGUCGUGCAGGAAGACUUUCUGAAGCUUACAGUAUUGUUAAGAAAAUGAAGGCAGAGCCAGAUUCCGUCACAUGGGGUUCUCUACUAGGUGGUUGCCUCAUUCAUAGAAAUGUUGGACUGGGAGAAAUCUCUGCUCACAAACUCAUAGAGUUAGAACCAAAUAAUUCUGGAAAUUAUAUUAUGCUUGCAAACUUGUAUGCCUCUGCCGGGAAGUGGGACGAUCUUGCUAGAAUAAGGAAGAUUAUGAAGGACAGAAAAAUGCACAAGAGCCCUGGAUGCAGUUGGAUUGAGGAUAAAGACCAGAAGCAUGUGUUUCUUGCCAAUGAUAGAUCUCACAAACGGGCUGAGGAAAUCUACAGCACCCUCGAAACUUUGAGCAUUCAAAUGAAAAAAGGUUACAUGACAUAAUAGCAUUCAGAUUACAUACAAGUUGUGUACACACUUUUUGUAAUCUCCAAUCUCUAAAUUUGAAUGUUGGAGAUAGCAAUUGAAGAGGGAUAUAAAGACGUCUGUCACUGGUAGAUUUAGUAAACCUCCAACUCCAAGGAUUCAAUGACCCGGCGAGCUUGGAUAUGUAGAGCUGUUUGCCGUUGCUCUGGAUCAAGGGUUGACCCAAAUUGACUUGCUGCCCAUACCAAUGAUGCAGAUCUUUCACCCAGAAGUCGCCUUAUUUCAUCAUG